GUAAAACAUCUUACAAGACUAUUAUAUCCAGAAAAUAAACAUAACCAGUUUAACAUACUCUAGGCCUCAAUACCAGACACACAAACCUCAAGAACGGUGACAACCAACACAUGAUAAAAAUAUGAGCUCUUUACAUCACAGUACAACAAAUAACUAACAAUAAUGAUAAAACAAUAAUAAAAAAGUUGAAAUUAAGUGAGCAAACAGCAAAACAAUAACGCUAUAACAGUAACUGCAUCAUUUAUUCACGCUGCAAUGCAUGCUGGGAACUCACAAAGCCUUAACAUUUCAACAAUAUGAAAUUCUUUGUUCAGACAACUGUGUUUGACUAGUUGGGGCAACAUUUGGGGUAAUUUUGUUGCUCUGACAAGGAUUUUUGUGUAGUUUCAAGAAAAUAGCAUUUUUUGGUAUUUUGAAAGUUUUCGUAAACUGGAAAAUGAGAAGUUUCAUUUUUUACAGUGAAGAGCUUAAAUUAAUGGUUUAGAUAGAGGAGAUAUUCAAAAUAAGUACUGUUGGUGUGUCUCUUUAGGAACAGGCUUGGUAAACACGUAGCAAACUACUUGUUCAAAAUAGUAGCUUGACUGUGGUGUGACUUCUUUAAAUUACAAGUAGAAUAGAGACAGAUUAUGAUAGAGUUUCAAAGUGGAUUUGAAAGGAGAAAAUGACAAAGAUCCAUUCUACUUCACCACAGAAACUAAGGAAAUGUAUUUAUUUAUUUAUUUAUUUAUUUUUGCUUGUUUAAUGUUUUAUUUAAAACAUGGUUAUAUAUGAAUUUUAGGACAAUUAAGUGGAAAGACCUAUAAGAAGUUCUGGGCCAUGAACUAAACCAACCAAAAAAAAUGUCCAUUAUAUACAAGUUGUACAUGAUCACAACAAAACAGUUAACAACAGUUAAAUGUUUUUCUUGGUUUAAUAUUAAUUGGAAGCACAUGUCUGCUGCAUUGAAUGUCUUCCUAGACUGGAGGCUUGUUUUAAAACCAGUCGCUUUAUUUACUGAUUUUGCCUACCUGUCUUUUCUGUUUCUAAAAUAAUGUAACUGUGGUUUUCAGUUCAGCUGGGGAGGAUCUGUCAAUGAACAGCUUGACACAUUUGUAUAAACUAUUGUUAACCAGAAAACUAGCCAGAAUGCAGUACAUCAACCACCACUGCAGAAUUAGUGCAGCCUAGACAUCAAUGGAAACGUGUGAAAACUGAACGGAAUGGACAGAAUAGAAGGACAAAUAGAGGAGAGAGGGCACUGGGGCAGUAAAGCAGAGUUUCUUCUGGCUGUGGCAGGGAAUGUGAUUGGACUGGGUAACGUGUGGAGGUUUCCUUACCUCUGCUACAAGUAUGGAGGAGGGGCGUUCCUGAUACCCUACCUGGUGUUUGUGGUUACCUGUGGAGUGCCUCUGUUCUUGCUAGAGACAGCUAUGGGACAGUACACACAGGAAGGGGGCAUUACAUGUUGGCAUCGGCUCUGUCCAUUAGCUGAGGGUAUUGGCUAUGCAGGACAACUGAUUCUUCUCUACAGCUGCAUGUAUUACAUCGUCAUUCUGGCCUGGGCGCUUUUCUACCUCAUCUUCUCUUUUAGCUCCCAAUUGCCAUGGGCCAGCUGUGACAAUACCUGGAACACAGAUGACUGUGUAAAUCUUGCUGCAAAGAAUUUGACCCUCAACCGAACAACGCUGAUUAAUUCAACACCUGCAGCUACUGAGUUCUGGGAACGCAGAGUGCUGUCCCUCUCUGGAGGUAUUGAGGAGAUCGGGAAGAUCAACUGGGAGAUUCUUCUGUGUCUUAUUGCAAUGUGGGUCAUUUGUUAUUUCUGCAUCUGGAAAGGAGUCAAAUCUACGGGCAAGGUGGUGUAUUUCACAGCUACAUUUCCUUAUGUGAUGCUGCUUGUGUUGCUGAUUCGUGGGUUGACUCUUCCUGGAGCUCUACAGGGGAUUGUGUUUUACCUGUACCCUGAACCAGCCCGUCUCUUUGACCCACAGGUUUGGUUGGAGGCCGGGGCUCAGAUCUUAUUUUCCUAUAGUGUGUCUGUUGGCACUCUCACUGUUUUAGCAAGCUACAAUAAAUACAACAACAACUGCUACAGGGACAGCUUGUGGCUUUGCGUUCUGAACAGUUGCACAAGUUUGGUGGCUGGCUUUGCUGUGUUCUCAGUCUUGGGCUUCAUGGCCCAAGAGCAGGGCAUCCCCAUUGCAGAGGUGGCAGAAUCAGGGCCAGGACUAGCAUUCAUAGCUUAUCCACAGGCAGUAGCUAUGAUGCCUCUUCCUCAGUUGUGGGCUGUUUGUUUCUUCAUCAUGAUUAUUUUGUUGGGGCUAGAUACACAAUUUGUAUCAAUGGAAGCCGUCACAACGUCAGUGAUGGACCUGUGCCCCAUGAUUCUGCGCAGAGAAGGACGGCGAGAAAUCUUCAUACUGCUCUUCUGUCUCAUUUGCUUCUUGGGCCAAUUCAUUAUGGUUACAGAGGGGGGGAUGUAUGUAUUCCAGUUGUUUGACUACUAUGCCUGUAAUGGAGCCUGUGUACUGUUCCUGUCUGUGUUUGAGACUCUGGCCAUGGGUUGGAUUUUUGGGGCUGAGAGAAUCUUUGACAUCAUUGAAGACAUGACAAAGUCACGGCCCAACUACAUAUUCAUGCUGUGCUGGAAAUACCUGACUCCUCUCGUAUCUGUGGUGUCUUUUGUCUGUUCUAUGGUAGAGUACACACCCCUCACUUUUAACCGCUGGUAUGUGUACCCAGACUGGGCGUAUGCACUAGGCUGGUUACUGGCCCUGUCUUCCAUUUUACUGGUGCCUGGAUGGGCGCUGGGUCAACUGUUUGCUGGGAAAGGGAGUCUGAAACAGCGUUGGCAUCACCUGUGUAGUCCUGAUCCAGAGCUUCCUCUCACCAAUAAACAAAGAGCUGAAAUGAAGGAAACUACUUUCAUUGCAGAGAUGGAAGAUUUAGUUAGGGCAAACAUAGAUGAAGAUGAAAAUAGACACUAAAAAAAAUUUUUUAUAGUCAAUAUUUUCAUUACUAUUUGAGUAAAUAGUCAUGAAGGAUACUAACAAACUGCAAAACAAGGCCCAGAUUUAAUUCCUUUAUCUCUGCCAACAACUAGUAAUCCUAUUUGCUCAACACAGAGUCAGAGGACAUCCCUAAACCAGACAAGUUUUUUCCAGAGGUGGAAAGAGUACAAAAAUAUUCUACUCAAGUAAAAGUACCAUUACAUUAAUGACAUUUUACUUAAGUACAAGUAAAAGUACCAGUCUAAAAAUCUACUCAAGUAAAAGUAAA